GGUGGCAGACGCACACACUACACAACACAGAACCCAUACCGGUAAAAUACGGUACUUUGUUGGAGAUAUAAUUUCAAGAUGGCGGCUACCAGGAGGUUGCAGAAAGAACUUGAAGACAUCCGCAAAUCAGGGAUGCGAAAUUUUAGGGAUAUUCAAGUGGACGAGUCUAACAUUCUCUCUUGGCAAGGUCUUAUCGUGCCCGACAAUCCACCUUUUAACAAAGGAGCAUUUCGCAUAGAGAUUACUUUCCCUGCUGAGUAUCCUUUCAAGCCUCCCAAGAUUUGCUUCAGGACAAAGAUUUACCAUCCAAACAUCGAUGAAAAAGGUCAAGUCUGCCUGCCCAUCAUCACAGCUGAAAACUGGAAGCCAGCCACCAAAACAGACCAGGUGAUCCAAGCACUUGUGGCCUUAGUGAAUGAUCCUGAACCUGAACAUCCUCUCAGAGCGGACCUCGCUGAAGAGUACCUUAAGGAUCGCAGGAAGUUUGUUAAGAAUGCGGAAGAGUUUACCAAGAAACACAGUGAAAAAAGGCCCACAGACUAAACAACUUGCGAGGCAUGUCUGUGAUAUGUGUUGUUGACUGCCCCCUAUUUCUCUGCUCCCCCACUCUUCAUACCAGUACUGAUUCAAAUAUCUAGUGAAAAUUGCCCAUGUUUUAUUGCUGUAUUUUUACUUUUCAAAAUUCUAUUUGAGGGCUGCCUCUGUGGCAGGGAAAAGUAAGCGACUUUCAUAAAUUGCAAUUUAAAAUCUUCAUUACCCCCAAUCCCCUGCGCCUCUUCUGCAAAUUGAUUUUUUGUGCAUUUUGUAAGGUAAUUUAUUAUUUUUGCAUUUUCUGCAAGGAAACUGAUCUAAAAAAAAAAAAAAAAUCAUUCACAAACACUCACUCUCUCAAAUAUGUAAAUUAUUUUUGUUGAUAUGGUCAAAACAGAUCUCGGACGGAAAUGAUUAUUUGACAGCUUUUAGCCCCAUCUGGGAAAACUUUUGAACGUUUUCAGUUGAGAAAUUACUGUCCGAGUGUAAACUUCACGCUGAUUUAGCCAGUUCAGGAAACAUGGGAUUUGAGUGGUUGCACUUGAUUUGGUGAAUCUAUUGAUGAUUUAAUGCUACAGGACGUCUGUUUGCAAAGACGUUCAAUAAAUAUGCAGUAACAGCUGUAAAAAUUACCUAAUAUAAUUAAAGAUUUUGAACAAACCGAAUUUUUAUCUUAACAACUACCUUUAUUAAAUCGGCACAAACCAUUAUAUUCCAAGUACAUAUUCAACAGUCUACCUAGAAUUUUUCGAAUAUUCAUCUAUGCAAAUUUACUUCUUGCAUCGCCGACCACUCUUAAAAAUGGGAAGUUGAGCAUCCUCUUGAAAUGGGUAA